AUGGAGUGGGUGGCGGUGGACCGGGGCAUGCUCUCGCGGCUGCUGUACCCGAAUCCGGUCUGCCUGCUCUCGGUGCGCAGCAAGGAUGGCGGCGCGCGCAGCCUCAUGACCAUCACGUGGCUCACGGCCAUUAACAACCAGGGGGGAUUCAUCUGCUCCAUGAACGCCACUCGCCACACGGCAAAGUUCAUGAACCAAUCGGGAGCCGUCUUCGGUACACUGGAGCUCGUACUGGCCAUCGGAGGCAGUACGGGAGCUGAUGCCGACAAGUUCGAGCAACUUCACGUUGCUGUGUGUGCCCCUGGCGGUGGGGAGCUGCAGCCUGCAACUUCAACAUCCGAUGACCAAGUUGAAGCGGAGACCAAGAAGAGAAAGCUGUCCAAGAAGGAGCUGGCUCGUCAGGAGAUUGCCAACGCUGCGGCCCAGAGUAUCGCGCUGCAGGACUGCGUGGCGCACUUGUUGUGUCGCGUGGAGACUGUGACCGAGGACGACGGUCAUCUGCUGCUCCGCACUCCAGGACCCGAUUUGGCGCUGCAGCAGGUCGCAGUUGGUUGGGGCGUCGCCGCCACUCUCGCCACCUUUAUCGGCAGCCCCGGGUCGGGUGCGCACCUCAAUCCAGCCGUGACAUUAGCGAUCGCGAUCUCUCCUCACACUCGCGGCGGUUUCCAGACAUGCAAGAUCCCUGCCUACAUGCUGUUUCAGCUACUGGGGGCUACGUUUGCUGGACUAGCAGUGUAUCUCGUGUUCGGGUCAGUAAUUGCGCGUUAUGAGGCGCGGUUGGGUCUUACUCGUGGAAGUGGAAGCUCAUCACUGUCAGCGCUAGCGUUCGGGGCUUCGUACCCGCAUCCUCAGCUCGCUCUAGGGACAUUGCUCUUGGUGUUGGUGCAGCGCGUGAUCCGUCAGCCGCAGCAACCGACAGGUGUCGCCGCCUUUACCAAUUCAAUUGCAGAGGCUCAAGACAUCAACAACGAGGUGCCGCCGUCACGGAUGCCGACGACGCCUCUGGCUCCGUUCUACGUCGGCGCGACGCUGGCAGCUCUGACGAUGGUGAUGGCGCCAUUCACGCAGGCGUGUCUGAACCCCGCGCGAGACUUCGGGCCUCGAGUGGUGGCGGCCAUUGCCGGCUGGGGCUCCGUCGCGCUGCCUGGCGAGCGACCAGACUCGUGUUGGGUGUAUCUCAUCGGGCCCAUGGUCGGCGCCCUGUACAACCCCUUUGCGACCGAAGCAGAUACUGUAGUCCAGAUGCCGCCGCCCGCCGACAAGAAGAAGCACUACGAGCUGGUGGUGCAGGACGACUUCCUGGUGGUGCUGCACCCGUCGCAACCGCUGAGCCUGCAGAUCCCGCGCUCGGCGGCGGGCGACGCGUCGCUGGGGCUGAGCGUGGAGCACGUGGAGGACUUCCAGCACGUGCACGGCCGGCGCAUGGCCUUCGACGCCAUCUACGGCGUCUUCUGGCUGCUGCGCGGGCCGUACCUGGCCGUGGUGACGCAGUCCAAGCUGGCGGCCAGGGGCGUGGGCGACGCCGAGAUCCGCCUCGUGCAGAAGCUCGAGCUGCUGCUCAUCCCGACGCAGAACCUGCCCACGCUCACGCCCCAGCAGGAGCAGGACGAGCAGACGUACAUCGACAUGAUUACGACGGACAUCGAGAAGCAGAAGCUGCACUUCGCCAAGCACUUCGACCUCACGCACUCGCUGCAGCGCAUCGCGGCGUUCGACGGCAAGAAGGGCAGCAUUGCCGAGCGCGCGGACGACCGUUUCUUCUGGAACAAGUCGCUGUGCUCGGCGUUCCUGGAGCAAAAGUUCUUUGAAUGGGUCACGCCUAUGGUGCAGGCGCACAUCGAGGUGACAGAGCAGCUCAAGGUCAAGGACAAGUCCUUCCGCAUCCUGUACAUCUCGAGGCGGUCGUGCAAAAGGCAGGGAAUGCGCUUCACUAUGCGAGGCAUCGACGACGACGGCAACGUGGCCAACUUCGUCGAGACCGAGCAGAUCUGUCUGUUCGACGACGGUAAGCAGACUUCAUUCGUGCAGAUCCGUGGCUCGAUCCCCGUGUUCUGGAGCUCCCCGGUUACCAUGAAGUACGCUCCCAAGGUAUACCAGGCGGGCGACGUGGAGCGGAACGUGACAGCCUUCCAGAAGCAUGCGUACGAGCUCAUGUCGCUGUACGGCCGGGUGCUGUUCGUGAAUCUCAUCGACAAGAAGAAGGAACAGCUCAAGCUCGGAGAGGCGAUGGCCAAGACCGUGACCGACGCCGCCACCAAGGACUCGCACAUUCUGGCGGCCGUGCGUCUCGUUUGGUUUGAUUUCCACCGCGAGUGCCGCAACAUGAAAUGGGGCAAUCUCGAAAAACUGAUCAAGCAAGUCGACGACGACUUCCUGGACCACGGAUACUUUUGCAAAAGUGCGGAUGGCGCUGUCGUGAGCAAGCAGUCGGGCGUCGUGCGCACGAACUGCAUGGACAACCUCGACCGCACCAACGUCGUUCAGUCGCUCUUCGGCCGGCGCAGUCUGAUGCUGCAGCUCAACGAGACUGAGGCGCUGCAAGGCAACGUGCUCAACUCGCCGUUCGAGGACUUCGAGCGCACGUUCAAGCGCGUGUGGGGCAACAACGCCGACGCCAUCAGCCUGUUCUACGCAGGCACGGGCGCGCUCAAGACGGACUUCACGCGCACGGGCAAGCGCACCAAGAAGGGCGCGCUCAUGGACGGCUACAACUCGUGCGUGCGCUACAUCAUGAACAACUUCAUGGACGGCUACCGCCAGGACGUGCUGGACCUGCUGCUCGGGCGCUUCUCGGUGUCGCGCAGCAAGCCGUCGCCGUUCCAGACGCAGGGCGAGAGCCUCGAGUCGGUGCUGACCAAACUCAUGGGCCUCGUGGUGGCCUUCUUCCUCGUGGAGACGUACCGCAGCGGCGGCCAGAGCUACAUGUUCGAGCGGCUGUUCCGCUCGGUGCUGCUGACGCUGCUCAUCUGCACGGGUGUCUUCAGCGUGCUGGUCAAGAAGGGCAACUCGCUGGGCAAGAAGCUGGUGCGGCUGCCGAGCUUGCGUCCGCAGGACGGCUGCAUGACCACGUGGAAGCGCUAG